AUGGCCGACGCUGGACCCUUACCUUCGGGCCUUGAGCCAACCUCAAAUCAAGGUCCGGCCUUGCUCAGGGGCAUCUGGGCGGGGAUGGCCAUUGCGAUCAUUAUUGUGUGUCUGCGAGUGUUUGCCAAAAUCAAGAUAGGCCAGUUUCGAGUCGACGAUGUCUUGAUGAUUAUUGCCAUGAUUCUGGCUAUUGUCGGCACUAUAUUUUUGACUCUUUGCGUGCAUCACGGCUUUGGUCAGAAUCUGCAAUACCUCUAUCUUGUCCUUAAUGAGCAUCACGAGGUGUCGCUCGUGCUAAAGUACAUCGCCGUCUUGGUCCCGGUUAUAACCAUCAGCACUACGACCGCCCGAUGCUCGUUUAUUCUCUACCUGCUCGCCAUUCUCGGAAAUAACAAGAAAUAUCGCUAUGCGCUAUGGGCGGUGAUGUUGAUCCAGUUCGCGGGCAACGUCGUCUCGGCUGUCUUGCCCUUGAGCAUCUGUCGUAAUGUGAACAUUCUCUGGGAUCCGACCAUUGUAACUACCUGCGGCGAUGCCAAUGCUGUCAUCAAGUUUGCCUAUUACUCUAAUACUGCCAACUCGGCCUGUGACUUGUUUCUGGCUGUCUUCCCGACGCUCAUUUUCUGGAACCUCAACCUGAAAACUCCCGUCAAGAUUGGUUUGAUCAUCCUACUCAGUCUGGGUAUCGUGGCUAUGAUUGCCUCCAUCGUCAAAACCACCAAGCUCGACCAAGUCCCCGGCGUCACCAACCUCGGUGCCACCGGCGCCGUCGAACUAAUCCGCUGGGGCUUCGUCGAAAACAUAAUCAUCAUAAUCACCUCCUCCGUUCCCUGCAUUCGCCCCUUGAUCAUCUCCUCCGUCCGCAAACUCUCUAGUCGCGGCUACUCGCGCUCCUACGAACUCACAGGCCCGCAAACCGGUCAACGACGUACAGGACACGACGAAACAGCCCGUCGCACGCGCGGCAGUCGGUUUACCAAGAACGGCACUGUUGAUGAUACGGGGAGUGUUGAGCGGAUUCUGGAUCCGAGCAGUAAUAAUGUCAAUACGACGGUUAGUGGGAGACGGGAUUCGCCGACGCAUGAGGAUCAGGGGAUUACCAAGUAUGUUGAGAUUUCCGUUGUUUCGGGUGAUCAUUUUGAUCGACGGAAUCCAUAG